AUGGCUAAGCAAGUGGUGACUUCAGCACAUGUAUUGAUCUACAAGGCAACAGAGAAAGCUCAGAGCUUUGUGAAAGAGGCUCGUACUGGUGGUCCCAAUGCUGCGUUUAACUAUGCUGCGACUGAGUACAAGUGUUUCGUUUGGGGGAGAAAGCUUCCUCCGUGGCUGCAAACGUGUUUGGUGACUGAUAUGUCUCAGAUGGGUUACUCUUCGUUGGUUUUCUUCCAAUGGCCCCUGUUGAUGAUAUUAUGGAGGCUUGUGCGAACAAAGAAAGGAGAAGAUACAGCUACUGUUGAUGGAAACAAAGAAGAAGCUACUGCCCCUACUGAUGGAAACAUUGUGUGA